CGCAGCUGCAUGAUCUGUCACCGGCUGUGUCCAUGGGUCACAGCCAAUGACAUAUCACUACACCGGCCCGUUGCCAGUGUCAUGUGACCAAUGUGACCAAUCACAGCAGAUCACAUGACAAUGGCUAGCUUCCUAUAAUGCCAUCCAUUGUAGACAAUUGUGUUGUUAGGUGUGACAUGGUACAUGUCAAAGCAGUCACAUGGUACAAGGCUGUUGUUAAUAGCCUUGUACCAUGUGACCUCUGUGAUCAUUCACAGAUUUCACGCGUAGUAAGCAAUGAUGUCACAAGUGACAUCUUGCUUACUACUUUGCAUGUGAUCACUGAUUGGCCUAUCAGUUAUCACAUGAACGGGACCUCGUACAGAGGUCCCGUCCGACGAUCGGUGUUUCACUGUGUCCGGAGGACAGAGCGGGCAUCGGAUCGCGGUGCUGCGCGCUCCUUGGCAGCUAGAAAAGGCGGGUGCCGUUUAUGAACGGCAGCCCGCCCCUGGAGUGCCACCGCCCUGCCGUUUAUAAACAGCAGGCGGAUGGCAAGAGGUUAAAUAAUGUA